AAGGGGCCAGGCCGGAAGUCUUGUUGUUCCUGCUGCUGGUUAACUCAGGCGAACCAAGAUGGCAGAAUACCUGGCAUCCAUUUUUGGGACAGAAAAAGACAAGGUCAACUGCUCUUUUUACUUCAAAAUUGGUGCCUGCCGACAUGGCGAUCGCUGCUCUAGAUUACACAACAAGCCGACAUUCAGCCAGACAAUUGCCCUCCUGAACAUUUACCGUAACCCUCAAAACAGCGCCCAGUCUGCCGAUGGUCUGACAUGUGCCAUCAGUGACAUGGAGAUGCAGGAGCACUAUGACGAGUUUUUUGAGGAGGUCUUCACAGAGAUGGAAGAAAAGUACGGAGAGGUGGAGGAGAUGAAUGUGUGCGACAACCUUGGAGACCACCUAGUAGGAAAUGUGUAUGUGAAGUUUCGUUAUGAAGAGGAUGCAGAGAAGGCUGUUAUAGACCUGAAUAAUCGUUGGUUUAAUGGACAGCCCAUCCAUGCUGAGCUCUCUCCUGUCACAGACUUCAGAGAAGCCUGUUGUCGUCAAUAUGAAAUGGGGGAAUGCACUCGUGGAGGCUUCUGCAACUUCAUGCAUCUGAAGCCGAUCUCGCGUGAACUGAGGAGAGAGCUCUAUGGGCGCAGGAGGAAGGGCCGGCACAGGUCUCGGUCUCGAUCAAGAGAGAGGCGAUCUCGCUCAAGAGACAGAGGUCGAGGAGGCGGAGGAGGUCGUGACCAUGAGAGGCGUCGCUCAAGAGACAGAGAGCGUUCAGGGCGAUUCUAAACCACAAAGCCAUGACUACUUGUCCUUCCUAACCCCAAUUCAUUCCCGGUCUUUUUUUUUUUCUUUCUUUUUUUCGAAGUUUGUACUCUUCAAGAUUUAUUCUAGGACUGAUAGAAAGGUAACUGUAAACUGAUGCAGAAGCUGUGACAGCAUUGAUGAACCUGUUUUUUCUUGAUUUCUGAAAUUGACUUUCACCUCAUUAAAUUUAACAUUUUUAAUUAA